CGUUGCCUUGCUUUGCCCUCCGCGGUUCACCCCACAGCAGUCGCUUUACCUGCGUGCCAGGCCCUGUGCCGAUAGCCAGGGACACAACGGGCGGCGCAUUCCUUGCCCUCGCGGAGCGCAGAGCCCUGAGGGGAGUCGACGUUAAGCGGGGUAAUCCCUCGGCGCGCAGUGAGGGUAGAGUGGAAAAAUCUUACAAAGAGCACAAAACAGAAGGCGCGGAGCUAGUCGGAGAGGUCAGGGAGCCCUCCCUGAGGAGGUGAAGUUUGGGCCGAGGUUGGAAGACUGGAGAGAAUUAGGAUUGUGGGACGGAGAGCACUUGGCGGGGCCUUACCCUGGGACUUCUCGGCCGGGGCGAUUUUGCUUCCCUGGGGACAUUGGUCGAUGUCUGGAAACAUUUUUGAUAGUCACUGCUCCAGGGCUUGCUACUGGCAUCUAGUGUGAAGAAGCCAGGGAUGCUGCUACACAGCGAAGCCGCCAACAACAAAGAAAAAUCCCCCAGAAGUUGGCUCAGAUAACUGUGAUGGCCAUGCAGGAGAAAUAUCCAACUGAGGGGAUCUCUCACAUCACUUCACCAAGUUCCAAUGUGAUUCAGAAGGGCAGUUCCCUGGGGACUGAAUGGCAGACCCCAGUUAUCUCGGAGCCCUUUCGGAGCCGCUUCAGCCGCUGUUCAAGUGUAGCUGACAGUGGGGACACAGCCAUUGGUACAUCAUGCUCAGAUAUUGCAGAGGAUUUUUGCAGCUCAAGUGGCAGUCCUCCUUUCCAGCCCAUCAAAAGCCAUGUAACCAUUCCAACAGCCCAUGUGAUGCCUUCUACUUUAGGGACCUCUCCUGCCAAGCCAAAUUCUACACCUGUUGGACCCUCUUCCUCCAAACUCCCUUUGUCAGGGUUGGCUGAAAGUGUGGGAAUGACAAGAAAUGGAGACCUCGGUGCAAUGAAACUUUCUCCAGGCCUAUCUAGAGAUCUCGUGUAUCUCUCUGGUGCUCCUGGAGAAAAUGGAAUUGAGCAGUCCUGGUUUCCAGCAGUGGGCCAUGAAAGACAAGAAGAGGCGAGGAAGUUUGAUAUUCCUCGCAUGGACUCUACCCUCAAUCAGUCGGCAGUGAUGGAGACACUUUAUUCAGAUCCUCACCACCGAGUCCGCUUCCACAACCCAAGAACCAGCACAAGUAAGGAGUUGUACAAAGUGUUGCCUGAGGCCAAGAAGGCACCGGGCAGCGGGGCAGUGUUUGAGCGGAAUGGACCACAUUCUAAUAGCAGUGGGGUCCUCCCUUUGGGACUCCAGCCUGCUCCCGGGCUCUCCAAGCCGCUGCCCUCUCAGGUGUGGCAGCCGAGUCCUGACACUUGGCAUCCCCGAGAGCAAUCUUGUGAACUCAGCACUUGUCGGCAGCAGCUGGAAUUGAUCCGUUUACAGAUGGAGCAAAUGCAGCUUCAGAACGGAGCCAUCUGCCACCAUCCUCCUGCUUUUGCUCCUUCACUGCCCAUCUUAGAGCCAGCACAGUGGAUCAGCAUCUUGAACAGUAAUGAACACCUUCUGAAAGAAAAAGAGCUUCUCAUUGAUAAGCAGAGGAAACACAUCUCUCAGCUGGAGCAGAAAGUGCGAGAGAGCGAACUGCAAGUCCACAGUGCCCUCUUGGGCCGCCCUGCCCCCUUUGGUGAUGUCUGCUUGCUGAGGCUACAGGAAUUGCAGCGAGAAAACACUUUCUUACGUGCACAGUUUGCACAGAAGACAGAAGCCUUGAGCAGAGAAAAGAUUGACCUUGAAAAGAAACUCUCUGCUUCUGAAGUUGAAGUCCAGCUCAUCAGAGAGUCGCUCAAAGUGGCGUUGCAGAAGCAUUCUGAGGAAGUGAAGAAACAGGAAGAAAGGGUCAAAGGUCGCGAUAAACAUAUCAAUAAUUUGAAAAAGAAAUGUCAGAAGGAAUCAGAGCAGAACCGGGAGAAGCAGCAGCGUAUUGAGACCUUGGAGCGCUACCUGGCUGACCUGCCCACGCUGGAAGACCAUCAGAAGCAGAGCCAGCAGCUUAAGGAUUCUGAGUUGAAGAGCACAGAGCUGCAGGAGAAAGUGACUGAGCUGGAGAGUUUGCUAGAGGAGACCCAGGCAAUCUGCAGAGACAAGGAGACUCAACUGGAAAGCCUGAAGCAGAGAGAAGCGGAAUUUUCCUCUGCUGGACAUAGCCUGCAAGAUAAACAGUCUGUGGAGGAGACCCGUGGAGAAGGUCCAGAAGUGGAAAUGGAGUCCUGGCAGAAGCAAUAUGAUUCGCUCCAAAAGAUUGUGGAGAAGCAGCAACAGAAGAUGGAUCAGUUGCGCUCACAAGUACAGAGCCUAGAGCAGGAAGUGGCUCAAGAAGAAGGAACAAGCCAGGCCCUGAGAGAGGAGGCCCAGCGAAGGGAUUCAGCCCUGCAGCAGCUGCGCACAGCCGUGAAGGAGCUUUCAGUGCAAAACCAGGACUUGAUUGAGAAGAAUCUGACGCUCCAGGAACACCUGCGCCAGGCCCAACCAGGGUCUCCACCUUCACCAGACACGGCCCAGCUGGCACUUGAGCUGCAUGAGGAGUUGGCUAGUUGCCUUCAAGAUCUGCAGGCUGUCUGUAGCAUUGUGACCCAGAGGGCCCAGGGCCAUGACCCCAAUCUCUCCCUGCUCCUAGGCAUUCACUCAGCACAGCACCCAGAGACUCAGCUAGAUUUGCAGAAGCCAGAUGUGAUCAAGAGGAAACUAGAGGAGGUUCAACAGCUGCGUCGUGACAUUGAGGACUUAAGGACCACCAUGUCAGACAGAUAUGCCCAGGACAUGGGAGAAAACUGUGUCACACAGUGAGGAAUUCUGGAGGAUUCCCCCAGGGAGGAUCUGGGCUGCUGAGAGCCUAGUCCAGCAGGUUUCUGCCCUGACAUUCUCUUGUCUGCUGUUCCCAGAGAGAAGUGUCAGAGGGGAGGGGAGAGCCUGCAUCUGGGGGCCAAGGGCUGAUUAGGGAACUGUCCUACCCCACACUGGCAUGUUGUAUUACGUUUGUCCUGCUAAUUCACUCUCGAUGGUGAGUUACUAAUUAACUUUUGGCAGGUACAACAGAUAAGUCCUCACAAACUGUUCCCAGCCCUAGGCUGACAUCAGAGACGAACAGGCUGUCCACCUUUCUUCAUCCAAUGGGAUGGAUCCCUGUUAACCCCCACUUCACACCUUGGUCCUGCUGAUUAGAGAGCUCAUCAGAGGGGCCUGGAAAGGCCGAGCAAGUACCAGUAACAGUGACCAUUUAAGAAUUCUCAGGCCCCGUGUGCCAGCCUUCCUGGGAACACUGAGCUGGCUUUCUGGGUUUUCUCAUGCCUGGUCUCACUGCUUCUUCCUCAGGGCUCUUGUUCUCCCAGAAGCCUCAGGGUAGUGUGUUGGUUAGCACAUAACUACUAGGAUUGGGGCCCUAGGGAUUAUAGCCGGGACUCUAAUCUGCCUACCAUGCCAUUUAACAAGAGAUCCCACUCUCCAGCUGCCUUGUGUCCCUAGGGCCCUGGCCUUGUGUUUAGCACAGCCCCUUUCUCCUUUGUUCUCAGGCCUUCCAGGUAGCCCCCUUCCUGGACUUAAGAGUGCAAACUCUUCUCUGUGGUUCUAGCCUUGGGCAGAAUUAUAUCCCAAAGACCACAGAGCAACUGUCAAGCUGCUUAACCCCUCACCGAGGGCUACAGCCUGUGCCCAGCCCUUUAAUUUGUGCCUCUCUUGUAUUGGGGGUGGUUGGGGUUAUUCCUUUCCCUUUCCUUGAAAGUUCAGAGUACCCAGUACAAGUCAGCUUUAAAGUACAGCUUUUUUUUUUUUUUUUUUUGGAGACGGAGUCUCGCUCUGUCACCCAGGCUGGAGUGCUGUGGCCGGAUCUCAGCUCACUUGCAAGCUCCGCCUCCCGGGUUCACGCCAU